CAUGGCAGUCACGUUUCAAUAAGGGCUUAGCUACGUCAAAGCCUUUUUUGUCGGCAAGGUACGUGGUUCAGACCACUGAAACAUGCGGUUCAGAGACUCAUGGGUCUUGAAUCAUGAUCAUGUGACGUGUUUGACAAAGAGGUUGACGGCCAAGAACGAGCAAGAAGCAACGGAAGCUCAUUUAACAGAGACAAAAAUGCAAGUUGCAGCAACUGAUGAAGCAGAGAACGCCAAGAAUAGGCUUCAUCAGUCUUCUUAA